AUGUCGAUACGGCCACUGCCACCCCACGUCGCCGAGAAGAUCAAGUCGUCAGUCCUCAUCACCUCUCUGAACGAUGUCGUCUCCGGCCUCGUCAAGAACUCGUUGGAUGCCGAGGCCAAAACGAUCAACGUCUCCGUCGACUACGCCAAGGCCACGUGCUCCGUCGAGGACGACGGUCUAGGCGUCCCUCCCCAAGAGUUUCGCGUAGAUGGAGGUCUCGGGAGAUCCCACCAUACAUCAAAGCUGGAUGCCCUACUCGAGUGCCAUGGGUCCAACGGUGAUUUUCUAGCGGCCGUGGCAGCCCUGUCACUGCUGGCCGUCGCCUCCCGUCACCACCAGUACCACUCUCACAAUGCCGUAGGUUUCCAUAACUCGCAAGUAUUGUAUAGAAAUACCCCAGCCCAGCCAGAGCAGAGACUCUUGACCUUUGGCCACGGCACCCGCGUCUCCGUCCGUGAUCUGUUUGGGUCCAUGCCCGUCCGCGUAAAGCAGAGACCUGGCCAAGGCGAUCGGCCCGCCAUUGAAAAGGAGUGGCGGCGCCUUGUGCUGCACAUCGUCGGUCUGGUGCUCGCCUGGCGCGAACCCGUCACCAUCCGUGUGCGGGAGGCGACUUCCGGUCUCGAAAUACGCCUGCACCCGCCUCAGCCGAGACCCGGCAGCACACUGUCCACCACGGAUAGCCGGGAUCUCGUUUCUCGAGUCUCCCGCGGGCUCUCCCAGGCCGGCCUCUCCGAUGCUGCGGAUGCCGGCUCCUGGGAUCGAGUGAGUGCUUCCGGAGGAGGCCUGUCCAUCAAGGGAUGCAUUUCAUUGAACCCGGUCGCUUCGAGACGAUCGCAGUUCGUCUGUCUUGGAAUCACGCCCAUCCCGAGCGAGCUCGGCGCCAGAAUCCUAUACGACGAAGUGAACCGAGUCUUUUCGAGCUCCUCCUUUGCGGCCCUAGAAGAUGGCGCCACCGGAACGGAGCUUUCGCAGACCCAGGUGUCGACGACGGGUGGGCCCGCCUCGAGCCAAAGACCGAAACGAGGCGUCGAUCGUUUCCCCAUGUUUUUCCUCCAAGUGAAUGCGACGCGGAAGGCGAACCCGCUGCAUCGAAGCCUCGACCAGCUCCUAGCGCAGACCCACCGCGUCGACUCCGUGCUGCAACUGCUCAAGACAGUUUGUUAUGAUUUCUUACAGAAGCACCAUUUUAGCCCCCGCAUGCCCGGCCGGGCCGUGUCCCUCGAAGGCUUACCAUCCCACCGCGGCCGCGAGGAAACCUGGGGGUCCGUGUCGAACCGGUCAGGCCUUAGCACGGCCACCACCAGGGCUUCGAGGAAACCGGGCGCGCUCUCUCGCUCCGCUGCCGGCGCACCCACUGCUUUCGGACGACAGGAGAGUACUGUCAAUGGCGGGUCGGGCGAUACUCCACCUCUCUUGACCAGCACCCUCCACCCUUCUACCACCACCCAAUCGCCGUCUUCUUCCAUUCUCCUCAUCAUCGACCAGCACGCCGCCGACGAGCGUAUCCGUCUCGAAGCCCUCGUCCGCGCCUACUUUUCCCCUCCCCUCCCCUUCCGGCCGUCCCACCGCCCGCACAGAACCGCUACCCGACCCCAUCCGGUUCGAGGUAUCCCGCGCCGAAGGCGACCUCCUCCGCCGCUUCCGCGAGCACCUAGCCAGCUGGGGGCUCGUGUACGCCGUCACCGCAGCCGCAGCCGCAGCCGCACCCCCAGCCGCCCGGAUUCUCGCGACGACGCGCAAGCCCAAGUGUCCGUCCUCGCCCUACCUCUCGGCAUUUUUGAACGAUGCUCCCAGGAGCCACCCCUCCUCAUCGACUUGCUCCGCGCCGAGGCCUGGAAGCUCGACGAGCGCCCACCCCCAAGCGUGCCCUUUCCCGACCUCGGCGCCUCCGCACCCUCGGACCCUAUCUGCUUGCAGAAGUAA